GAUAUCUCUAGAGGGAAACAGAGGCAUGUCUUUGCCCACACAAUCACUGUGAGAAUCAAAUUUUAUAAGGACACUAUCCUGACCAUGUGUAAGAUCCCUAAAUGAUAUAGAGGAAACAGAUAUAUAGUAAUGAAAUUGUGGGGUCAGGUCUGUGUAAAUUUUGGCUUUACUAUGUAGAAGGCAAGCUUCUCUUUCCAACCAAGGCCAAAAAGAAGUUUGCUUGUGUCAUGGAAACAAACUGGCUCAAUCUUCCCUAGCUGUCAAUCAGAUAUGGAUUCUUUUCUUUACAAUUUGGAUAUGUUUCUAAAUAUAUUUUCUUAAGAGGUUAUCUUUGCUGCUAAAAUGGUUCUUGGUAGGGAGGGAAUACUUAACAAGGAAGAAAAUUGUGCUCUAGCUCCUUUUUCACAGGUUUGGUUCUUUAAUUGUGCUCUAGCUCCUUUUCACAGGUUUGUGUUAGUUACUUAAGCGUUGUUACAUACUUAAUUGAUUAUCUUAUUGUUUAAAGGAAACAUCCAAGCGAUCUAAGAUAGUGGUAAAGGAAAGUAGUAGGCUUGCUAAUACUCAGUCACAAAAGCUACACUGUCCUAUGCUUUUAAAUGGCUUAUAAUAUAUGUAGUUAGGGGAACUUGUGAGGUCCCCAAUGGUUUGCUGCAUGAAAAUUCACAAAUCAAAGCAAAGGAAAAGUUGUUUAUGUUAAACAGGAAGCUGUAGGGACAUAAGGUUGCAGUAUGGGUGGAAAUGGCAUUAGAGCUUUGGUUGGAGCUGUUUUGUAUUUGGGUAUGAUUGUGUUUCUUCUUGUCGGUAUCUUAGCAAACUCUGCAUCAAGUGUUCCAUCAACAGAAAAGGUCAAGACUCUGCGGUUCAGUGGUAAGGAUGUGAAUCUGUUUCAUGUUAGCAAGCGUAAAGUUCCAAAUGGACCUGAUCCUAUCCACAACAGGAAAGCAGAAACUUCGAGACGGCCACCAAGAGUAUGAUAAAACUCCGAUAUAUACUACGACGUGUAUGGUUUGCAAACAUUUAGGUCUUUCUACCGUUUCCAGACACAUAGUGAAUUACGCGACAUCUCCAUUGCAUUUUUCACGUCAAGAAGCUACUCUUUUUCCUCCGGGGCAAUCCAAAACUUUCAAAUUCAGAGAUAAUGCUAUGAACUUCAUAGUUUUGUGAAGAAGUCUUGGCUCUGUUUUGCAAGGUCUCUUUACUUGCUCUGUAGCAUUUGGGAAGGUGAAGUCUUUGCGCUCUCUCUCUUUCUUUUCUUUUUAGAACACUGUGUCUGAAGAUUGAAGUCUUUCAGAGGAUUGAUGCAGAUAUUAAGAGCUUUGUAGGGUUUUGUAAUAACAUUUGUAUUAAUUAUUAUAGGCUUAUGUCUUUUUAUCUAACUCUCUAUUUUUUCCUGUUU